UUUUUUUUCAUUUUUUCUCAUUAAAAUUAUACAAAACGAAUAAUCAAUUAUCAGAAUGGUUGGUGAUUCAUUUCGUGUCAUCAGGAAUGACUUGGUUAACUUGCACAACAGCCUCCACUGCAGAAAUAUCACUGAUAAUCUCUGGAUGCUCUGCACACUAUGAAUAAUCUUCAAGCGCUGUGCCAAAGCUGGCCUCUGCCUCAACCCCACCAUAGAGUGGCUGUCCUCCACUUCAACCCCAUCAGCAGGCCAAAUGUGGGGUCUUGUCCCAGUACAUCUGGAGAGACACGUCCUGUCUGCAGCAGCAGGAGCCAAGGCUUUAAUGGAGAAUGGCUCCGCUGGGGAGAGGAAGACAGGUGCAAGGCCACUGGUGGCUGCAUCCUUCCCGUAUAUAAGAGACGGACAGAGAGAGAGGGGAGGUGUCAGCGCUACCAGGAAACCUUGAAACUGUUCAGAGAAGGAAAAACUCCACUAACAAAGGCAGAAACCCCUGAUUAAAAGAAGAGGGCAAAAAAAGGGCUGAAGCAAAGACUGAACACAGAAAUAAAAGAAGGAAAUCAGGAUGGAAGGACAGAAGAAAAGAAGAAGGAAGGAAAAAAGGAGUACAGAUACACCAGGAGAACAUGGAGGACGACUUUCGGCCGCAGGUGAAGAAGGUGGCCAUGGCCAUGGGCGCUUCACUCACAGAGCAGGACAUCGACCGAAUGCCACGGGGGAUGAGAACGCAGGGAAACUUCAACUACAACAGGUUUCUGGAGUACAUGAGGCAGUUCCAGACGUCGGAGCAAAGAGAGGAGGCCAUCAGGAAGGCCUUCACGAUGCUCGACAAAGACGGCAGCGGAUACAUAGAGUGGAACGAGAUCAAGUACAUUCUGUCCAUCGUACCGACUGCAACCCUGUCAGCUCCCCUCUCUGAUGAGGCGGCAGAGUCCUUGAUCCAGGCUGCGGACACAGAUGGAGACGGACGGAUCGACUACAGAGAGUUCUCAGACAUGGUGAAGAUGGAGAAGAAACCGAGGAAAUAGAGGUCUUGUAGUUUUACCUGCAGCUCCAGAGUGUUACUGUAGAAAGAGUGUGAGAGAUGAGAGGCCCGACAAACCAGAUCUACCUUCCCCUCUUCCUCCUCCUGUCGAUGUAGGAUGGAGGCAGUGUGAGGACUGUUGUUAUCAGUAAGGGAUUGGGUAAAGGUGUGUUAAAAACAUGGUUACUUAGUUGGCUGAACAUCUAGUGUCCAAAACAAGUAAUUAACCCUUGAUGUGAGUGUGUUUGUCUGCUAAAAUUAUGAAAUGAUCUCUUUUACUUACAGAUAAAAUGUUCUUUGUGAUAAAGAUGCAUAUUAUCUGUCAGACAGUUUUGGGUGUCUAUAAAAGAAACUAGUUAUAAUUCAGAUAUUUACAUAAUAGUUUUAUUUAAGGCACAAUGACCAACUGAUUCUAUCAUAAUUAGUUAGUUGCUUGAUUGAU